UGGGCUAUUUUAAUGGUGUCUAUGGGUCAUUGAAUGACUUUGUACCAUAGCUGGUGGAUAGCUUUUCCGUACAUUUUGCCUGUAAGAAAGCUGGCAAUCCCUUCAACAUGGAGGCUCUUAUCCCCGUUAUAAACAAGCUUCAAGAUGUAUUUAACACUGUGGGAGCGGACAUUAUACAGCUGCCGCAGAUAGCAGUUGUUGGAACCCAGAGUAGUGGGAAGAGCUCUGUGCUAGAGAGCUUGGUGGGCAAGGACAUGCUGCCCCGUGGAACCGGUGUAGUGACCCGGCGGCCACUAAUCCUGCAGCUAGUUCACGUGGAUCCUGGAGAUGGCCGGAAAAUGAAAGAUGACAACGGUGUGCAGGCAGACGAAUGGGGCAAAUUUUUACACACUAAAAACAAGAUCUACACAGACUUCAAUGAAAUCAGGCAAGAAAUCGAAAAUGAAACUGAAAGAAUUUCAGGUACCAACAAGGGGAUUAGUGGCGAGCCUAUUCACUUGAAGAUCUUCUCCCCUAACGUGGUGAACCUCACCCUGGUCGAUCUCCCCGGCAUCACCAAGGUCCCUGUGGGCGACCAGCCCAAAGACAUUGAGGUUCAGAUCAGAGAGCUGAUCCUGAAGCACAUCUCCAACCCCAACUCCAUCAUCCUGGCGGUGACCGCUGCCAACACGGACAUGGCCACCUCCGAAGCCCUAAAAGUGGCCCGCGAGGUUGACCCCGACGGCAGGAGAACACUCGCUGUUGUAACCAAGCUGGACCUGAUGGACGCUGGUACCGAUGCUAUGGACGUCCUGAUGGGCAGGGUCAUCCCUGUCAAACUGGGCCUCAUAGGAGUGGUCAACAGGAGCCAGUUGGACAUCAACAAUAAGAAGUCAGUGGCAGACGCCAUCCGCGACGAACACGCAUUUCUGCAAAAGAAGUACCCCUCCCUUGCCAACAGAAACGGGACCAAAUAUCUAGCUAGGACUCUAAACAGAUUACUGAUGCACCACAUCAGAGAAUGUUUACCGGAGCUGAAAACGCGCAUCAAUGUGCUGGCGGCCCAGUACCAGUCCCUGCUGAGCAGCUACGGCCAACCCGUGGAGGACCAGAGUGCCACCCUGCUGCAGCUUAUUACUAAGUUUGCUGCAGAGUACUGCCACACCAUCGAGGGCACAGCCAAGUACAUUGAGACAGCAGAGCUAUGUGGUGGUGCCAGAAUCUGUUACAUAUUUCACGAGACUUUUGGACGAACUUUGGAGUCCGUGGAUCCCUUAGGAGGACUCAACACCAUAGACAUACUGACUGCCAUCAGGAACGCCACUGGCCCUCGCCCAUCUCUGUUUGUACCUGAGGUGUCGUUUGAGCUGCUGGUGAAGAGGCAGGUGAAGAGACUGGAGGAGCCCAGCCUGCGCUGUGUGGAGCUGGUCCACGAGGAGAUGCAGAGGAUCAUCCAGCACUGCAGCAACUACAGCACCCAGGAGCUGUUGAGAUUUCCCAAGCUCCAUGAUGCCAUAGUAGAAGUCGUCACCUCCCUCCUCAGGAAAAGGCUGCCUAUCACCAACGAGAUGGUUCAUAAUUUGGUGGCCAUAGAGCUGGCCUACAUCAACACCAAGCACCCGGAUUUUGCUGAUGCCUGUGGGGUCAUGAACAACAACAUAGAGGAGUCGAGGCGGAACAGAAUGAGAGAGCUGCCCGCCACUGUCCCCAGGGAUAAGUCCGUAGUCAAGGGUCCAGUCGGCCAGCCUUCCAUACCUACUGAGCCCCUUGGUUCUGUGGACACAGAGGGCGUCAAGGCACCAGGAGCAGUGCCUCAAGGUGAUCAAGAUGGGACAGGGAACUGGAGAGGCAUGCUGAAGAAAGGGGAUGAGGGGGCCCCCGGCUCGGGCCCCGCCAGCCCUCAUAAGGGUCAUGCUGUUAAUCUGCUGGACGUGCCUGUUCCUGUCGCCAGGAAGUUGUCGUCUCGAGAGCAACGGGACUGCGAGGUCAUCGAGAGACUCAUUAAGUCCUAUUUUCUCAUCGUCCGGAAGAAUAUCCAAGAUAGAUGGCUGCUUGCAGAGGGCCACAGCCUGGGGAAAGAAACUGUUCACGCAGCAGGAUAUUUCCGGUCAUCACUGACCUGUGCUGCCUCUGUUUCUCGGCCGAGUGAAGAGAUUCGAUAUCCCUUUUCCCUCCCCUGUGUCCCGCAGCGUGCCCAAGGCAGUAAUGCACUUCCUGGUGAACCAUGUGAAAGACAGCCUGCAGAGCGAGCUGGUGGGCCAACUCUACAAGUCUGGCCUCCUCAACGACCUGCUCACUGAGUCCGAGGACAUGGCCCAGAGACGCAAGGAGGCUGCGGACAUGCUAGAGGCUCUGCAGAAGGCCAGUCAUGUCAUCGCAGAGAUCAGGGAGACUCAUUUAUGGUGAGGAAUGAAGCCUGAAGCCUCUUGUAAUAUGCCAGUCCCGUCUGAGAGAAAUCGAACAUGUGAAAAUGCACUGCUGUGGUUCCUGUAUGAGUCUCUGUAUAAUACGCCAAUACCUCAUUUAAGCGUAACUAUGUAGUUAAUAACCGAGAGCGUUUUCAGUCCGAGCUCGACACAACUGGCCGAGAUUGAUGACACUGAAGUGACCUCAGUCUCGAGCCCUUUAAGUUGUUGAAAUGUUCUUCAAUUUACGUACCUUUCAUAUUGUCAUACCCACAUUGUCUGUGGAAAUGGAUAACAAGCCAAAACGAAACCUUACCCAUCGUAAUUUAUUUUUGUUUUUUGUUUAUGUCAAAAGCACUGUUCCUGCUUAAUGCCUAAGUAAUAUCAUGUUUCCAAGGUGCUGGUAGUGAGUUGUUCAGGGAAUGUGGUACAUUGCACUGCACAGUCAAUAUCGUGUUGCACUGUGGUAUUCUGUGUGUGGUUAAUAAAUACAUGGAUUUAUUUCA